UUGGCGGAUUAUGUGGGUUCCUGCGGGAACGAUUUAAGAAGAGGACUACUUCCUGCUUCUGGAUAUGGGCCGGUGAAGGGAAAGGAAAUAGCUCCAAGAGUGGCAUCCUGCCUGCGCUAGCGGCGGUGGAGGAGGAGGCAGGGAAGAGUGGAGGGCGGAGUAGACGGAGGCUGCGGCAGAGAAGAAAGUGUGAGAGCCGCUCCCUGGGCUGUCGGAAGCGGAGUUGUUUGUAAAGGCAAAUGCCAACGCCUCCUCCUCCUGUCACUUCGGGACAAGUUAACAGUCUUCAGAUUCGUUGUUAAAGCAGCGUGUACCCUAUGUGAUCUAUCAGGUUCGGCUUUAGAGUGUGGUGAAGGGUACUUUUCAUGGUGCAUGGAAGGAAAGCCAAUGCGCAGGUGUACCAACAUUCGACCAGGAGAGACUGGAAUGGAUGUAACAAGCCGCUGCACCCUUGGAGACCCCAACAAACUGCCAGAAGGGGUUCCCCAACCUGCCCGCAUGCCCUAUAUCUCAGACAAGCACCCUCGACAAACCUUGGAAGUGAUUAACCUUCUGAGAAAGCACCGGGAGCUAUGUGAUGUGGUGCUAGUUGUGGGCGCCAAGAAGAUAUAUGCCCAUCGAGUCAUUUUGUCAGCCUGUAGUCCCUACUUCCGAGCUAUGUUUACAGGAGAAUUGGCAGAGAGCCGUCAGACAGAAGUAGUGAUCCGAGACAUCGACGAGAGGGCUAUGGAAUUACUGAUUGACUUUGCGUAUACCUCCCAGAUAACAGUAGAAGAGGGCAAUGUUCAGACUCUUCUGCCAGCUGCUUGCCUCCUCCAGCUGGCAGAAAUACAGGAAGCCUGCUGUGAAUUCUUAAAGAGACAAUUAGAUCCUUCUAACUGCCUGGGCAUUCGGGCUUUUGCUGACACACAUUCAUGUCGUGAGUUGCUAAGGAUAGCAGACAAGUUCACCCAACAUAACUUUCAAGAGGUAAUGGAGAGUGAAGAGUUCAUGUUGCUUCCAGCCAAUCAACUCAUUGAUAUAAUAUCCAGUGAUGAGCUAAAUGUUCGCAGUGAAGAACAAGUGUUCAAUGCAGUGAUGGCCUGGGUCAAAUACAGUAUUCAGGAAAGACGUCCUCAAUUACCCCAGGUGCUGCAGCAUGUUCGUUUGCCUUUGCUUAGUCCCAAGUUCCUGGUGGGCACAGUAGGCUCUGAUCCCCUCAUCAAAAGUGAUGAAGAAUGCAGAGACUUGGUAGAUGAGGCUAAAAACUACCUCCUAUUGCCGCAAGAACGACCACUAAUGCAAGGACCAAGGACGAGACCACGGAAACCUAUCCGAUGUGGGGAAGUACUCUUUGCAGUUGGUGGUUGGUGCAGUGGAGAUGCCAUUUCCAGUGUUGAACGAUAUGAUCCACAGACCAAUGAAUGGAGAAUGGUGGCUUCAAUGAGCAAAAGGAGAUGCGGAGUUGGGGUCAGUGUUCUUGAUGAUCUGUUAUAUGCAGUAGGAGGCCAUGAUGGAUCCUCUUAUCUCAAUAGUGUUGAAAGGUAUGACCCCAAAACAAACCAGUGGAGCAGUGAUGUGGCCCCUACAAGCACCUGCAGGACAAGCGUUGGUGUAGCAGUACUUGGAGGCUUUCUCUAUGCUGUGGGUGGCCAGGAUGGCGUGUCUUGCCUCAACAUUGUUGAGAGGUAUGAUCCGAAGGAGAACAAGUGGACUCGGGUAGCUUCUAUGAGUACCAGAAGACUAGGUGUGGCUGUGGCUGUGUUAGGAGGGUUCUUAUAUGCUGUAGGUGGCUCUGACGGGACAUCUCCACUCAACACAGUGGAACGUUACAAUCCUCAGGAAAACAGAUGGCACACUAUAGCCCCUAUGGGGACCCGGAGGAAACACCUAGGCUGUGCAGUAUAUCAGGACAUGAUCUAUGCUGUAGGAGGUAGAGAUGACACUACAGAGCUGAGCAGUGCUGAGAGAUACAACACCAGAACCAACCAGUGGUCUCCGGUGGUGGCCAUGACAUCACGCCGUAGUGGAGUUGGCCUGGCAGUGGUCAAUGGACAGCUCAUGGCAGUAGGAGGUUUUGAUGGCACAACAUACUUGAAGACCAUAGAAGUUUUUGAUCCUGAUGCCAAUACAUGGAGGUUAUAUGGCGGGAUGAAUUACCGUCGGCUAGGGGGUGGCGUAGGAGUUAUUAAAAUGACACAUUGUGAAUCCCAUAUUUGGUGAACACAGAGAAGACAGAGUCUUGUAUAUAUUCCUCUGUAUUCUGGGGAGCUUUGACCUUGGAGCUUUGUACAGCUUGAGAAAACAUUAGAACAAAUUUUAUUAUUUGCCGGUGCCUCAACAAAUGGAAAUACAAUCCAAUGAAAGUACUUCACCUGCAAGAUGCACAAUAAUCUUCAAUUCUGUGCAGAAGAAUAUUUAUUUUUGGUUUUAAUUUAUCAUGGUUUUUUGUUGUUUUCGUUUUGAACUUAUCCUUCCUCCCACAAAAGAAGAAAAGAAGAAAAAAAUUCCAAGCAGCAAAACUUACUUUGUAAGGUAUUCAUUUAGGUUUGAAAAUACUAUUUAAUAAGGGCAGAAGGGCUAUAUAUAUGAUUUGGCUAUUAUUUCUAGGCAGUCCAUCCACAUGAUUCCACUAACAAGGAUUACCAGGAAUAAAGGUAGGUAUGCAAAAUGUAUUAGCUAGCCAUUAUUCUCGCACUAACCACCAGAAGACUUGAAAAUCUUAAAAAAACAAAAAAAACAAA